CAAAAACGUCAGGAGUAUAUAAAUAAAUCCCACCCCUUUUCUGUCAUUCCUGGAUUUGUUCUGAGGUCUGACUUUGUCUCGAAGAUUGGGCGUCGAGGACUUUGAACAACCUAACUCAAAAAUCAUUUUUUUCUUCAAGUAAUGGACAUUUGAUUACUAUUUUUGCCUCCAGUUUGUUCAAGAAGGAAAAGAUAGCUUUUAACCUCCACUACCCCGCCCAUAAAAGCAGUUUUUCAGCCAUUAAGUUUGUUAUAAAACCAUGACGGUUUACGUUAUAAAACUGAUGAAUUAAGGAAUAGAUGUUGCUGUAAAGCACAAUAUAAUAUUAAGUACCCGAGACGCUGAGGAGAGGUAUUUAUAGUAAGUGUUUAUUUUCAAACGAAUUUGAUCCGAAAUUCAUGAAAUCAAGCUUAGAGAAAGGAAUCUGGCUAGCCUCCGUAACGAGGCUUAGCAGCAUAUAGCUAGCAACAUCAGACGAACGCUACGUCAACGGUAGCUAAGCUAGUUUAUGAGCUCACACAGGAAAGUCUACGGAGCCAAAACGGUCCGUUUCUUUGUGUGUGAGACUUAUUUUACGGAACUAUGUUAACGAUGAAAUUUUCAGUUAGCUGAGUCGUAAAUUAACCAUAAGCAAUCUAUUCAUAAAGAUUGCCGUAGGCAAAGCCAGGGAUAUUUUUUAUUUGGAUUUUUGCCUGCUAAAUUGAAUCUAGGGGAGCUCCUUGGAACAAACACCCAACGCAAUCUAUACAUAAAGAUUGCUUAGUUUGAGGAUGUCGGAUUUAUGUUGUACGGGGAAAUGGGUCCUUUCGUAAAUUCGUCAUAAUUUGAUAUUCUGUGCUUUGAUACCGACCUACCUCUUAUUGUUGUCGAUAUUGUUAGCUAGCACUUUGUCCAUGUGCCCGAUAUUUGUACAUGGCAAUCUGAGGAUAAAGAUUGCAGGAUUGAAAUGCUCAGGGGAAAUAUUCUUCCUAGGGUCAGAACACGUUUGGCUGGAAUUGCAACAACAUGGUGGACUGGUUGUCGUUUUGUCCAAAGAGAACACUAGGGACUAUUAUGGCUUCAUCGUGCUUCGGAAAGACGGUUGGGAGUGAAACCCAGGAUGUUUAUCCAACAACCGCUUUGCAGUUCAGUCCAUUUACUUCCGUUUGUUUCUAGUGUUAGUUUCGGCUGGAGAUUUUGGUACAUGUGUCCUCAUGGAGUGCCUUAACUAGUUACUCUGGUGUCAGAGCCAUUGUUCUUCUGCUAUCCGUGGCUACAACGAAGUGGUUAACGAAAGAGGGCAGGGCUUCGAUAUUUUCGGUGGAUCACGGGGUUCUCCCUCCCUAAUACACACUCCCCUCGACCUCAUUGAAGCCGCGUAACAGCGAAUAUGACAGAUGUCCUUUUUUUUACCGUAUGUUUUACAAAGAAUGUUGAAAUCUUGCGCAACUAAUAUUGGUUUUGGCCAUAUGCCAGGCGAUUUAAACACGGCGACAACCAUUGACUUAUUUACUUUUAUGUUUUACUUAUUUACAUAUUAAAUUAGUUUAAUCAAGAACAAUGUAUGUUCACUAAACCGCCAAGGAUAAUUUAGGAUGGUGAUAGAUUACAAAAAUAAGCAAACGAGUACUUUUAAUAACAUUGCUUUUUAAUUUAAAACCCAUCUCAUUAACAGAAUUUAAAAAAAUAUUAACCCUAGAGAGAUGUUUCUUUGUAUAGAUAGAAACUGGGUGGGAUACUUAACCCUACUUUUCCAUUGACAUGUAAAAAUGUGAACACCCACUAUGACUUUCCGUUCCAUGAACUUGCAAUUAGGACCAUGUCUAACAAUUCUGUAUUGGUUUUGUCUACUUGUGUAACAGUGGCAUUUGCAGGAGUUGUGUGUUGUUAUCCCGUGUUGUGGAGUUCUGAGACUAUAUAAAACUUCUACUACAACAGUUUAACGGAGAUGGCAGUGGGCCCGGUGGACCCCAGAGAGAUCCUGAAGGGUGUGGAGGCGCUUCUGGGGAAGGAUGGAGAGCUGCGCAGCCUGGAAGGAGUCCCCAAAGUGUUCAGUCUGAUGAAAGCCUCACACAAGAUGGUCAGCAGAUGUAUGUACCUGAACAUCUUAUUGCAGACCAAAUCCCAUGAUGUGCUCAACAGGUUUAUCCGUGUCGGGGGCUACAAGCUGCUCAACGCAUGGCUCACCUACGCCAAGAGCACCACCAACACUCCUCUGCUGCAGCUGAUCCUGCUCACCCUGCAGAAGCUGCCCCUCAAGGUGGACCACCUCAAACAGAACAACACAGCUAAGCUGGUGAAGCAACUGAGCAAGUCUGGAGAGACAGAAGAGCUGAGGAAGCUGGCUGCCGUGCUGGUGGAAGGCUGGAUGGCCAUCAUCCGCUCCCAGAGCGUGUCCGCCAGCGGGGUUUCUCCCGCAGAUAAGAAACGAAAGAAGGAGGAGGGCAAGGUGCUGACGCGGGACCCAAAGAUCGAAGCGGCAAAGGUGGCAGAGGAGGAGAAGAAGAAGGAGAAGCCCAAGGCUCACGCUCCGAGCCACGCCAAGAUCCGCUCCAUAGGACUUGAGAUGGACACCCCCACUCCUGUCCCCAUCAAGAAGCCCCCCGUGGCCCCCCAGCUGGGGGACAAGUACAACAUCAAGCCCGCUCUCCUCAAGAGACCCAGCUCGGGUCCAGGAGAUGCCCCCCCGGUAGAGAAGAAAUACAAACCACUCAACAUGUCCACCAACUCCACCAAAGAGAUUAAAGUCAAGAUCAUCCCUGCGCAACCUAUCGAGUGCACAGGGUUCCUGGACGCGCUCAACUCUGCGCCGGUGGUCGGCCACAAGAUCAAGAAGAAGAAGCUCAACGCCAAGGCGGUCUCGCCAACGUCCAAUAAGCCGAGUCCGUUUGACGGCAAAGCGUCUUCCUACCCGUCGUCCCAGGGCAGGCCCUCGUCCCCGGAUGCCCCUGCCUCCGCCUCGCCCCCCCACGAGCCCCAGGAGCUGGAACAGCCCGGCACCCCUGUGCCUGCCGACGACCCCGAGGCCGCCGAGAACGGAGACAAGCCCAACGCCCUGGCGGAGCCCCGGGGCGAGGAGGAGACUCUCACCAAGAAAGGCAAGAAGAAGAAGAGCGUCCGCUGGGCGGAGGAGGAGCAGCUGAAGGAGUACUUCUACUUUGACCUGGACGAGACGGAGAGAGGUCAGGGGAUGAUCAACGUCAACAAGGUCAAGGACUUUGGCGAGGCGGCCAAGCGCGAGCUGAUGAUGGACCGGCACACGUUCGAGAUGUCCCGCCGGCUCUCCCACGACGCCAUGGAGGAGAGGGUCCCCUGGACGCCCCCCCGGCCCCUCACCCUCACCGGCUCCCUGGCCGCCUCGGGGGCCAACAGCACGGAGAAGCUGGCCCAGAGAGAGCGGGAAAUGGGCAUCCUGCAGGAGAUCUUCCUCACCAAAGAGAGUGUGCCUGACUGUCCACAUGAGCCCGACCCAGAGCCCUAUGAGCCCAUGCCUCCACGCCUCAUUCCGCUCGACGAGGACUCUACCAUGAUGGAUGACAGCUACACAGAGCCCAUGGACACCACUCCCCAGCCAGGCCCCGCCGGGGUCCCCAUCGAGGGCUCCAAGCUGCCCCCUGUCCUGGCCAACCUCAUCAAGUUGGGCACCAGCGGGCCCAUCCCCCAGGCAGUGGGCACGCCCGGCGGCCCCGUGGUGCCGCCCUCCGUCAACGUCCAGGAGCUCCUGUCCUCCAUCAUGGGCGCCCAGGGCACCCAGUCCACCGAGGACCUGAUCAAGCAGCCCGACUUCUCGGACAAGAUCAAGCAGCUGCUGGGCUCUCUGCAGCAGACCCAGAACCAGACCCCCCCCAUCGGACCCCCCCCCGGAGUGAACCAGGGCUUGCUCGGACACGGCCCAGGCAUGAACAACAUGAACAUGGGCAACAUGAACAUGGGCAUGCAGAUGCCCAUGAACGGAGGCUACCCUCCCAACAAGCCCCCAGGCGCCCCCCCGCACUUUAACCACCCCCCGCCCCCGCACAACCACGGGCCCCCCUUCAAUGCCGGGGGCGGCCCCCGCAUGAUGGGGCCCCCGCCGGGCCAGGGGCGAGGCGUAGACAACGGCAACUACUGGGGAGAUGACUCCAUGAGGGGCGGGCCCCACCGGGGGGGCGGCGGGGGAGGACACUUCCACCGCGGCCGAGGCAGGGGAGGGGAGCAGGGGUUCAGAGGUCGUGGACGAGGGGGUCCUAGAGGAGGUCUCAACAACAUGGGAGACAUGUCCAAGAGACCUGUGUGUCGCCAUUUCAUGAUGAAGGGUAACUGCCGCUACGAGAGCAACUGUGCUUUCUACCACCCUGGAGUGAACGGGCCCCCGCUGCCCCCCAAUCACCCGGCCAACAAUCAGCACAGCCAGCACCCCCCCCACCCCCAACAUGGACACUAGAUGUGACAACUCCCCACACACACUCUCUUCUCCACUAGGUGGCCGGCAUCCGGUACCAGCAACCAGAACCAGGGCUUCCUGAGAGACUUGCCCAGCUUCGUCCUGCAGCAGUCAAAGACUCAAACUAAAGAGCUUUUACAGGACCCCCCCCCCCCCCCAAUGCUACCACUAUGGUUGUCCUAGGCUGUGGUGGGAAUUGUCAUGAAGACACAAGCCUGGGGAAACACAAAGUGAAGAGGGUGCAAGUACGCCUUUUUUUUGGACUCAAGUUCUUCCUUAAGAACACACUGAGCUGGAAACGCCUCAUGCCAGUCACACCUGAAGAACAGAGCCUGCAUUAGCUGAAAACUGAGCGCCCCCACCCCAGGGCACAGUACACACAAACACACCCUCUUUCUCCCUCUCUAUCUCCCCCUCUUGCUUUCUUUCUACCCCCCCCCCCUCUGGUAACACAUAGGGAAAGGGUAGCUGUGAGAUGAAUAUGAUCCAGGAUUAUAGGUGUACAGAUAUUUUAUUGUGAUCAUUUUUAACACCACAGUUGUUCCCAGAGUAAUGACCACUAUUUAUGGAGGGGGGGGUUUGCACGCCUCUCACUGUAUCUGCCCCGCUUCCUGCCCCGCCGCAGCGCUCCAGGCCAGCUGGGCUUAUGGGAUCAAAUACAGACUCCUCCAUGGUUUCACUUGGUUUAGUCCAAUCACCAAUGGGCAUAAACACCCUUAACUGUCCCCACCAUUAACCUGUAAAGAUUAGCAGAGACAGCUCACCAGGACAUGAGCCCUGGGCAGACAGGUCCAGUUUAAGUCCCAGGUGGAAAAUCUUGCACUGUUUCCAAUUGUGGUCCUGUUUGUCAUAUGAAAAGCUUCUAGAAGCCCAUCUUAUAGUUAGGUGGCUUCCAUUGAAAUGAAUGUCGUAUUCACCAAAUAUUUCCUAGGCAGUGAUGUAGGAACGUGUGAUUUAGUAAGCCAGCUCUCUUCUCCCAGGGCUGCUUGGAUCACUGGGUCAGAUGCUCUGCUCACUCAGAUACACAGAGAGACCAUAGAGAUAUAUAUAUUUUUCUUUCUUUCUCCAUCAAAGCUAGGAAGCACUUUGAAAAAUGGCAUUAGCAUUAGUGCUAGAAAAAUUUGAGCCAAUCCCAUGCCUCCCUUAGGGUUCUAGCUUGGAUAAGACUACCCUGCCCACUAAUGACCUAGCCUUUAGUCUUCAUUGGCUUUCCCAUGCUACAUAUUCUGUAAGAAAGGCCUAAUGCCUCGAAUGUUUCCCCAAGAUAAUCGAUCAUACCAUAGUCUUUAAUUUAUGUAAUUGACCAACCCAGACGAAUGGCUUCUGAAAAAUGUAUAUAUGUUUUAUUUGACUGACCUGAGGGCCUUUGUGGAAGUGCUACUUUGCCUUGCAGUGACUGGUAAGGCAUGUAUCAGACUGUCAGUUGUCAUUCUGCCGGAGACGGCCUAACCGCACACUUCCUGGUUUCCCCAAGGCCCGUCGUCGUGAGGGCCUCCUGAUCCUCCCUUAUGACUUGGCAGCAGUAUCACAUGUGACAAUCAUGAAGGUUAAAAGUCCUUGAUUCCUGUCGGCAUCCACUUUCCCCACUGCGCCUUGCUUCUUGUCUCUGCUCCUUCACCUGCUCUGUUGGACCUGCGUGCAUGGGCAUCGGGUCACCGAGGGCAUCGGGUCACCGAGGGCUUCUUCAUUGUUACACGAAGCUCAAUUGAAAUCAAUUAUUCUCUGGGUCAACAAUUUCAAGUGUUUUCUGUGAAAACAGUGGCCUUCAUGUCUCUUGUGGGACUGUAAUAAUGUUGUCUCCUUUUUAUUUUCAGUUUCAUUCAGUUUCUUCUGUUUUUAUUUUGAUACAAUGCUGAUUUUGAUCUCGCUCCGGGCGAAGUCCAGUUUUUUGUUUUGAGAUGUUUGUAUCGAUGUGGUUGUGUAAAUGCGUACACACACAUUCAUACACAUACAGUAUAAGUAUUUUGUACAUGAAGUAAUAAAUGUUAUAAAAUUAGU